CAUUUCACCUGUUUGAUGGACAGGCUGAACCAGCAGCGUCUCUUCCAGCCAGACCUGUGUGACGUGGACCUGGUCCUGGUGCAGCAACACAGCGUCUUUCCAGCCCACAAGGGGGUCCUGGCUGCCUACAGCCAGUUCUUCCAUUCUCUCUUCACUCAGAACAAGCAGCUGCAGAGGGUCGAGCUGUCCCUGGAGGCCCUGGCCCCCCGGGGGCUUCAGCAGAUCCUCAACUUUAUCUAUACCUCUAAGCUUCUGGUCAACGCGGCCAACGUCCAGGACGUGUUAAACGCCGCCUCCGUGCUUCAGAUGGCGGACAUUGCCGCCUCCUGCCAGGACUUGCUGGACGCCUGCUCCCUCGGUCCUCCUGGCCCCGUGGCCAUGGCCCUGGGGCCGGGGAGCAGCGGAGGGGGCUGCCCUCCCGGCCCUGCCUCGUACUAUUGUGAGAUCAAGCAGGAGGCCGAUGCCCCCACGCAGCCCAAGAUCUAUGCCCGAGAAGGGACGGAUCCCUUCUCCGUGAGGGUGGAGGAUGGGGCAGGGCUGGGGGGCGGCGCGGGCAUAGGGCUCACCCCGGUAUCAGUAUCGGUAUCGGCCAAGCCUUUCUACAAAGAAGAGAAGGAGGAGGCCGAGGGUGCUGAGGGGACAGCGCCCAGGGCUCUGUGUAAGCUGGAAGGGGCUGAGGACUUCGAGGAGGACCUCGAGGGCCAGGGGGCCUAUAGUGGGGAGCAGCAGCAGCAGAUCAUCGUCGAGGUCAACCUCAACAACCAGACCCUCCAUGUGUCCAAAGGUCCUGAGGGGAAGCCGCCCGCUGCCGACACUGGGGAGGCCACCAUGGUGCUGGGCCCAGAGCAGAGAGCCAGGGGAGAGGAGGAGGAGGAAGAGGAGGAGGAGGAAGGGGGAGCUGGUGGCAGUGGGGGAGAGGAGGAGGAGGAGGAAGAGGAAGAGGAGGAGGAGGAAGAGGAGGAAGAAGAAGAGGAGGAGGAAGGUGAUGGAGGAGAGGAGGAGGAGGAGGAGGAAGAGCGCAGUGAAGAAGAGGAGGCAGAGACAACAGAAGAGGAGGAAGAAGAGGCAGGCCGGGCCAGGAAGGAGAAGCGGAGGCCCCCCUGCCAGGGGUCCCGGGCGGGCCAGGCCACCAGGAGCAGCGUGGCCACGAGGUCCAGAGAGGGGACCAAGCAGGGGGUGUCGGGUGAGGAGGAGGAGGAGGGAGUCGAGGAGGGGGCCCGCAGAGGCCGGAAGCGAAGGAAGGAUGCCCAGCUGCCAGCCCCGGCCCCAGACGGCCUGGGCCCCAAGGUGAAGCUGGAGGAGAAGCAGCAUCACCCGUGCCAGAAGUGCCCUCGGGUCUUCAACAACCGCUGGUACCUGGAGAAACACAUGAACGUGACCCACAGCCGAAUGCAGAUCUGUGACAAGUGUGGCAAGCGCUUCCUGCUCGAGAGCGAGCUCCUUCUGCACCACCAGACAGACUGUGAGAGGAACAUCCAGUGUGUCACGUGCGGCAAAGCCUUUAAGAAGCUUUGGUCCCUCCAUGAGCACAACAAGAUCGUCCAUGGCUACGCAGAGAAGAAGUUCUCCUGUGAGAUCUGUGAGAAGAAAUUCUAUACGAUGGCUCACGUGCGAAAGCACAUGGUUGCUCACACCAAGGACAUGCCCUUCACCUGCGAGACCUGUGGCAAGUCCUUCAAGAGGAGCAUGUCACUCAAAGUCCAUUCCCUGCAGCAUUCCGGAGAGAAGCCUUUCAAAUGUGAGAACUGCAAUGAGCGCUUCCAGUACAAGUACCAGCUUCGGUCCCACAUGAGCAUCCACAUCGGGCACAAGCAGUUCAUGUGCCAAUGGUGCGGGAAGGACUUCAAUAUGAAGCAGUAUUUUGAUGAGCACAUGAAAACACACACAGGUGAGAAGCCGUACAUCUGUGAGAUCUGCGGCAAGAGCUUCACGAGCCGGCCCAACAUGAAGAGGCACCGGCGGACGCACACGGGCGAGAAGCCCUACCCCUGUGACGUGUGCGGCCAGCGCUUUCGUUUUUCCAACAUGCUGAAAGCCCACAAAGAGAAGUGCUUCCGUGUCAGUCACCCAAUGACCUCGGACACUCCUGACGUUGCCCCUGCAACCCCCACCCAGCCUGGCCUUCCUCCCCCGCAGCCCCCCCCACCACCCGCGCCACCCUCACAUUCCCUCCCCCUGCUCCCCCCGCUCCCCCAGACCCUGCCACCCCCACCUCACUUACCUCCCCCACCCCCUCUGUUCUCUACGGGGAAGGUCAAUGCCAGCCACAACUAG